AUAUGGGCCAAGAGAUAUCGCAACAGCAAAAUCAGCAACACCAACAACACCAGCAGCACCAACAACAACAACUACCCCACCACAAACGACAACCACAGCGAAAAAGCUUCAGCGGCAUUAGCAACACCAACCAGCCAAUUUACACGCCCACAAGUCACCUAUCCACCAGCUCCUCCACCACGACCAACGAAUAUAGCCACAAUAAUACCAGCAAUAAUAUCAACAAUAAUAACAAUCAGAACUACCGAUUGCGUCACAAGUACAACUUGAGCAAACAAACCUACGAGCGAAGCAAGAUACCAGCAAGUGCAGCGAGUACCAGUCAAUCGGAUACGGAUUCGCAUUACGCCAAACUAAAUCUGCAAAGGAGCAGCUCACAGAGUUCCGAUAGCGGUAUCUACAACUCGUCCUGCCACUGCAGUUCCAUAUCCUCGAUAUCGGCCGUCAGCAGCAGUGCGAGCAGCAGUCGCAGCAGCAGCAGCUCUAGUCGCGGUUGUCCCAGUUCUCUGGUGUCCAGCAAAUCGAACCGCUCGUUGGACAAGCAGAAGCACUACCUAAGCCAUCACCUGUACAUCAAGUCCUAUCUGGACAUCUUGGAGGAGGACGAGCGGGCACGGGCUCACUUCAAAUCCGCUCGUCCGGGCGGCAUUCGCAACUAUACACCCAAGAUCUUGGCCAGCGGCGAAUCGAGCUUAUCGGGUAAUUCCAGCACCAACACAGCUCUAUCAUCCAGUGCUCCGGCGCAUUGUUACGGACCGGGAAAGAGGACAACAGCCGGAGGAACAGGCGUAUCAGGUGGAUCAGCAGGUGCAUCAGGUACAGGAGCAGGAGCAGGAGCAGGAGCAUCGGGAACGGAUCCCGUAGAUCCCGAGAACAAGGUCCAGGAGCCAACCGUCAUACGUCGCCAGUAUGAUUUUGUGGUGAUUGGCGGCGGAUCCGCUGGAGCUGUGGUCGCGAAUCGCCUGAGUGAGGUGCGCAAUUGGACUGUUUUGCUACUCGAAGCCGGCGGCGAUGAAACGGAGAUCUCGGAUGUGCCAGCUCUGGCGGGCUAUCUGCAGCUAACGGAGUUGGACUGGAAGUACCAGACAACGCCCUCAUCCACACGCCAGUACUGUCAGGCGAUGAAGGGCGAUCGCUGUUUUUGGCCAAGGGGAAAAGUGCUGGGCGGAAGUUCCGUGUUGAAUGCCAUGGUCUAUGUACGUGGCUCAAAGAACGACUACAAUCAUUGGGCAUCGUUGGGUAAUCCGGGCUGGGACUACGACAGCAUGCUCAAGUACUUUCUCAAAUCGGAAGAUGUGCGAAAUCCCUACUUGGCCAAGACGCCAUACCAUGAAACGGGUGGUUAUCUAACGGUUCAGGAGGCUCCAUGGCGUACUCCACUCUCGAUAGCCUUCCUACAAGCGGGCAUGGAGAUGGGCUAUGAGAAUCGGGACAUUAAUGGUGCCCAACAGACGGGCUUUAUGCUCACGCAGAGCACAAUUCGCCGUGGUGCCAGAUGCUCCACGGGCAAGGCCUUCAUCCGUCCAGUGCGCCAGCGACAAAACUUCGAUGUCCUGCUCCAUGCGGAGGCCACCAGAAUCCUGUUCGACAAGCAGAAGCGAGCCAUUGGUGUGGAGUACAUGAGGGGUGGUCGCAAGAAUGUGGUUUUCGUGAGAAGAGAAGUGAUUGCGAGUGCUGGUGCUUUGAAUACGCCCAAAUUACUGAUGCUUUCGGGAGUGGGUCCAGCUGAGCAUUUGCAGGAGCACAAUAUACCAGUUAUAUCGGAUCUGCCGGUGGGCAGCAAUAUGCAGGAUCAUGUGGGUCUGGGCGGACUCACCUUUGUGGUGGAUGCACCACUGACCGUCACCCGCAAUCGUUUCCAAACCAUACCAGUUUCCAUGGAAUAUAUACUAAGGGAACGUGGUCCGAUGACGUUCUCGGGCGUGGAAGGUGUCGCCUUUCUGAACACCAAGUACCAAGAUCCUUCGGUGGACUGGCCCGAUGUGCAAUUUCAUUUUUGCCCCAGUUCGAUCAACUCCGAUGGUGGCGAGCAGAUACGAAAGAUAUUGAAUCUGCGAGAUGGUUUCUACAACACGGUGUACAAGCCACUGCAGCACAGUGAAACCUGGUCGAUAUUGCCACUGUUGCUGCGACCGAAAAGCACUGGAUGGGUGCGUUUGAACUCGAGGAAUCCGCAGCAUCAGCCGAAAAUCAUACCAAACUACUUUGCCCACCAGGAGGACAUCGAUGUGCUGGUGGAGGGCAUUAAGUUGGCCAUCAAUGUGUCUAAUACACAGGCAUUCCAGCGUUUCGGCUCCAGAUUGCACAAUAUCCCCCUGCCAGGCUGCAGACAUUUGCCAUUCCAGUCGAAUGAAUACUGGGCCUGUUGCAUCAAGGAGUUCACCUUCACCAUUUAUCAUCCCGCCGGCACCUGUCGCAUGGGACCCAGUUGGGAUGUUACGGCCGUGGUUGAUCCAAGAUUACGCGUCUACGGGGUAUCCGGUGUUCGAGUGGUGGACGCCAGCAUUAUGCCAACGAUUGUCAAUGGGAAUCCCAAUGCACCGGUCAUCGCCAUUGGCGAAAAGGCCUCCGAUUUGAUUAAAGAAGAUUGGGGCGCCAGGCGGGCGCACACUUCCACUUAGUUAAGAAUUUGUCUAUCGCUUAUUUAUGUUUCAACUAGUCAAAUGUAAAUUAACUGAUGUA